UCUGAGAUUCCCAACUCAUUCCAACUCAGGCCAUCAUCAUUUCGUACGCUAAUUUUAUUUCGGCUACGCCCCCAACUGCUACUAUGGAUCUUUACGAUUCUAAUCGCUCCCGCCACCGCAGGCCCAUCUCCUCCGAGCGCUUCCUUGGCGUUUCAACCCAUGCGCCGCUCCUUGAAAACCCUAGCUCCUCCAGAAGGAUCAAUGGUGGUGACGAGCUCACCGAAGACGUCGUUGUUUUCAUGAGCGAAGACUAUACUGAGCCUAACCAUUCAUCCACCCCUUCAUCUUCCUCCGCCUCAUCCACCCCACGCCACCACCUUCAUCACAGCCAUAAGGGUUUUGGGCCGCUCGAUACAUUUGGCAUUCUCGCUGCUCUGCCUGAAGAUGAGCCGUCCCCGAACGCGCGAAACACUUCGCAUCUGUUCCAUAAGGCAUCUGUGUCUUCCACCUCUUCCUCGUCCUCCCGUUCGAUUCCUGCCAUUCCGAAGCCACCGCAGGAACGAAUUCCUUCCUAUACUUCAUCGUCCUCUGUGAAGUACCCCCAGUCUGCGCCGGUGAAUGUGCCGGUCAUGUCGCCAGCAAUGAUGAUGGCGAGGAGUAGACGCCGGGAAUUUGAUGAGGACUUUGACGACGAAGGUGAUGAAAGUGAGGAAAUGCUCCCCCCGCAUCAGGCUGUGGCAAGAAAUUCUGCGCAGUCCCCGAUGCUUGCUAGCUCGGUUCUUGAAGGAGCCGGGAGGACGUUGAAAGGGAGGGAUUUACGCCAGGUCAGGAAUGCGGUUUGGCGGCAAACAGGUUUUCUUGACUGAAGGAUUUGGAUACUCACAUAUGUGGUGUCAACUUUUCAAAUUCAAUCAUCUGCAUUUCAGAGGCCUUUGGCAGUGCGGUUUGAGGUUCUGAGUUGUCAGAGAUGCUGCAAGAAUCUUCUUUUAAAAGGUCUGUGGAUGAUUGUUCCUGAUCUGUUUUACUUUCCUUUCAUGAACGAUCUUGUGUGCUGGCCUUGCGGGUAACCAACCACUGGGACUUUACUGUUAAUCGAAGUUGCUGUUAUUUUGCUCCUGACUUGUUUUUUCCCUGAGUUUUCUCUAACUUUGCUUCCUGGGUUCUGGGGAUGCUGCUGUAAUUUGCUCCUGAGACUGCUGUUAGUUGAAGUUGCAGCCUGUCGCAGUUGCAAACUGCAUCAGCAAACAAUAAAGCAAGAAACAAUAUUUAUGACUUUUGGCUACCUGGAACGGCACACGAAUGAUGAAUUCAAGAAGCGCAGCACUCAGCCGCCUCUGGAAUUCCCAACUGGUUCGGUCGCUGUGUGUUUGAUAACUGCCCUGAAACACAGCGCUGAUUGUGGGAGGAGGAAGCCGUGUGUCAAGAUCCUACUGGAAGGAGCAACGUAAAGAUCAGUGUAGUAGGAGGAUGAAUUGGAGAGAGAGGAUGGCGCCAAAAUGAUGGCAUGAUUUUGGCGCCAAUAAUGGAGC